UCCGUCUUCCAACACUUCUCCUUCAAAUAUGCAACGAAUCGUUCCUGCAAAACAAUAAAUUUCAGAGCAGAUGUGGUAUUGAAGAAUAUGGAUAGUUUAAUCAACAAUAUAGAUAGUUUAAUCAAGCAAGUGAGGGUGAGAUUUUCUGGUGUAGAACCGGAAAACAAAGAAGAGAUUGGCACCAUCAGAGAUCAAAAGGCACCAUCCCAGAAAUCUCAAUCCUUCAAAGGAGAGAAGAAAAAAUCGCAAAACUGGUUCCGGAGACAAUUUUCAGCGCUAAUGAGUCAGAGUGAUGAUUUUGGCGAUGAUGAUGAUUUCCCAACAGCAGUUGCAGCAGCUGCAUUUGCCAUCACAUCACUUGAAGAAUCAAGCAUCCGGGAUCAAAAAAAGGCGAGCGAGGGCCCUGGUACCUCUCUGAGCAAGACCAAGAGUAAAACAGAAGAUAAAACAACUCGCAUACAAGAAUCUGACAAGAGGGCACCAAUAAGUGAUGACACAAAUGCAAAGAAGCCCGAAAAGCUUGCUGGUCCUGCCCCAUCUAUCAAAAGGACUCCAACUUUGGCAGAGCAACGUAGCAGCAAUGCCGGUACAGGACCGGGAAGUUCAGCUCCAAAACCUGAUAUUCCAUCCACCAAACAAUCUGCAUUCCCAUCAACUGAAGUCAGAAGACAGAAUUCAACAAGACCUGGAAUAGGGGAAAGUAAAGCAGAUGCUUGGGAGAAAGCUCAACUAGAUACUAUCAAAGAAAGGUUUGAUAAAUUGGAUACCAAAAUUGUCAUCUGGGAGAACAAAAAGAAGACGAAAGCCAAACAAAAAUUGGAUAAAACAGAGAGAAAAUUGGAGCUGAGAAGAGCAAAAGCCAUGAAACAUUACCGCAGUGAAAUGGAAAGGGUUGAUCAGAUUGCCGGAGGAGCAAGAACUCAGGCAGAGAAAAAUCAAAGAGACGAGGAGCUUAAGGUGAGAGAGAAGGCAAAUAAAAUCAGAUCAAUUGGGAAAGUUCCAGCAACAUGUUUCUACUUCUAACUCUCACCAAUAACCAAGUUUCAAAUUGUAAAAUCACACAGAUGUGGGUUAUUUAUAUAUUUGUAUGUUAUUCCUA